AUGGCGAGUCCGGUCGAAAAACCCACUAAUAAAGUGGAUUUUGACAUUUUCGUGGCCGGACUUCAUAUGGCCUACGAUCUACACAAGAAAGGGCAAGAUCUGUCGAUGAUGAACAAGAAGGUAAUGCAAUCGUACACGCGACAAAUGAGACAUACGUUGAGGAGCAAUGCUGUUUCAGAUUCUGUCUUUGUCUUUCCUCACACUGAAACCGUAGGUUUUGAUUUUUAAAAAAUAUUUUUUUUACUUUUGACAUUUUUAUUUACUUUUACGUGGUAUAGGCGUUAUUAUUUUUAAACCAUUACUUUUUAUAAACUUAUCAUAACAUUUGUUUUCAGAAAGACUCAGAUGUUGAAUUCACGGCUUAUACUGAAGAUGUUCGUCGCAUAAACGAUGCUCACAAAAAUUACAUUACUAUGGCUGACAAGAUACGAAGACAAGCUGAAGAAGACUACAAGUACGAUGUAAGUUACCUUGUUAUUGUCUUUAAUAGAUAAUUUUUUAAUAUUAUACUGAAAAUUUAUUGGUUUUUAACAAUAGCAGUGAUAAAAUGGUACGCAUGGUAUCUUUCUGUGGUGUUAAUGGUACCUUCAAAAGGCAAAUUUUUUGGGAAAGAAAGUUAUUGCAGAUGCAGCUCCUGGAGUAUUUCCUGAAGUUUGAAGAAGAGUUUGCCAAGAAGGGCAUGGACUUUGACAAGCCCAACUUCCUCAUGACUCAAGGCGCUUCAAAUUCGAAAUUUCGAAACGAUGACAUUUAUUUUUUGAUCGAAAUCGAGAUGUACGUGAAGAAUGCAAUUCAGCGUGAACUCGUGAAGACCAAGGAGAUGAUGCGUCUGAUGUAUUCCUGUCCGUUCUUUGAUGAAGAGUGCUUGGGGGAUGAACCGUGCUGUUCGAAGGACGUUCAAAAGGUCAACGAAGUUGAUAAUCUUUGA